CGUUCACGAACUUUGAACGUUUCAGAAGAGAAGGAAAAUAGUAAUAUACUUUUUAUAAACGACCUUCAACCUCGUGAUUAAAUUAUUCUACGUCAGUUUCCGAUUGAAUGCACUGAGAUCCCUGAUGUAGGCACGGUUAGGACAAUAUGGCGUUAGAAAUUGCAAGCAGCUGAUCAUUUUAAGCGAAUAUAGGAGAUAUGAAACCACAGGAGACACUGUGCAGCUUGUUGGACUUUCAUUUGCUGACGAUAAGUUAAUGUAGAGUAAAACAUGUGACAAAAAAUCGCUUUUAUCAUUAUAUAUGACGCAAUUAGUAUUGCAUAUUUACCGCCGCCAGACGGCGUAAUUCUGAUUUCUAGGAAUAUUAUGCCAAUAUGACAUCGCCGCAGCGUUAAUAUAAUAUCACUCGUUAUUAUGAAUGUUUAUGUCUUGUGUUUCGUUUAGAGAGGAAAGUAUGAGGGAAAUGGCGCUCCGACUAUCUUUAGAAGAUGAAAAUAAGCGGAAGACCGAUCGUUCGGUUACUCAUGAACGAUCUAUUAUCGUUAUAGGGAGCAAAGGAGUGUAAUUUCAGGGAAAAACGACGAUGAUUUACCGGUUUUUGGAAAAAGAAGAAUCCCCCAAGCCAACCAUUGCUAUGGAUUAUUCAUUCGGACGAAAGGCUGGCAAAAGCUUAGUGAAGGAUGUGGUCCACGUUUGGGAGAUCGGUCCUCUGACGUCAUCGCUCCUUUCGGCCGCAAUGACCGGAUCGGCAUUGACCCAUUCACCGCAUCAUACCACUCUGUUGAUGAUGUUGGACCUCUCGAAGCCUGAGGAGCUUUGGGCAACGUUGGAAGAAUGUUUAACCGUCGCUCGAAGCGCGAUGAGAAUGAGUUUCGACGAUGACACAGUCAAAGCUCUCAGGGAUUGCCGCAGAAGAGAAAAGAACAUCAAGAACGAAGCUUCCGAAGAUGAAACUGAACCUUUUCCCCUGAAGUUGUGCAUCGUUGGCGGCAGAUACGACGAAUUCAAAGAAUUUGAGUCGAAUAGAAAGCAAUUAAUCGGUCGGACCCUUCGGGCAGUGGCCCAUGCUUUGGGGGCAGGACUUCACUAUCACUCCUGCAGAGACACGUCCCUCGUUAGAAGAGCAAAGGAUAUGCUGUCGCACUACGGUUUCGGGUCUCAGUUGACAAAAGGCGUUUGUACUGAUUAUGAGAAACCGCUGUUGAUGCCAGUUGGGAUAGAUUCGUUCACGCAGAUUGGACUCACGUUUGGACAGGGAAGAAAUGCGAAUAUUUUAGAAUCUAUAAAGCAGAUGUACGUCACUCAUGUUCCCCAGACGACCAAGGAGAACGAGAACCCCCAGGACCUCGAGGAUCCCGCGAAUGACCCUAACUUCAGGGAACCGAUAAUCGACAGGCUCAGGGCGCAACGCGAAGAGGUAAAAAUAAAGGAAAUCGGCGUUCUGCUGCAAGAGAUGCUGGAAGGCCGAGCCCUGAAGAUCCCGAUUCCCGAGCCAAUGUAGAAUUGGCUGAAUAUCCCAUGAUUUUCGGACUGAU